AAGGAAAAUGGGGUGUUGGUACUCAAAGAUUGAUAGAGAAGAGACUGUUUCACGUUGCAAGGCGAGAAAGAGAUACAUGAAACAGUUGGUUAAAGCUAGACAAGCUCUUGCGGCUUCACAUUCUAUGUAUCUGCGCUCUUUACGAGGCACAGGCUCAGCUCUCCUUCAAUUUUCCGACAAUGAAACUACUCUCCACCUCCACCACCAUGCCCCUCCGCCGCCUCAACCACUGGCACCGGCACUGCCCCCAAUGAGUCCUAGUUCAGACACUUGGACAUCUGCUACCACGGCCUCCCCUGCUCUGCCGCCGCCACCUCCCCCACCUCCAUCGAGUAGCUGGGACUUCUGGGAUCCAUUUGUUCCUCCUACGGUGUCACGGUCAGCCACAGAGGAAGAAUGGGAGGCUGCCACGUCAGUGUCUGAGGUGGCGGUCACCGGCACGACCACCGCAACCGGGACCGUGAGCGUGGCGGCGCCGCCUUCUGUGAUGAGUGGGUUCUCAAAAGAUACGGGAAGUGAGCUUGCUAUGGUGGUUUCCAGGAAUAGUAAAGAACUAGUGGAGAUUGUGAAAGAGGUUGAUGAGUAUUUUCUUAAAGCCGCCGAUGCUGGUAGCGAGCUCUCGGUGCUGUUAGAAGUUCCAAAUUCCAAUUUUUCUGCUCAAAGUAAAGGAGGUAAAGUGUAUAAUUAUGGUUGCAAUCUGACUCCAACAACUUGGACAUGGAAUUGGAAUCCGAAAAGGGAAGGAAUUGGGAAGUUGGGAGAAGACAGGAUUGGAGGAAAUAUAGGUGCUAGUGUUCUUAGUGGCGGCCAUUGUUCUACUAUAGAGAGAUUGUACGCUUGGGAGAAGAAAUUGUACCAGGAGGUCAAGAAUGCGGAGGCUAUAAAGAUAGAGCAUGAGAAGAGGGUGGCCCAGCUGAGGAAGCUGGAAGUAAAGAGAGCUAACUAUCUGAAGACUGAGAAGACUAAGAAAGAAGUUGAAAGAUUAGAAUCCCAAAUGAUGGUUGCUUCACAGGCCAUUGAGACUACAUCUACUGAAAUCAUCAAACUGAGAGAGUCGGAGCUUUAUCCUCAACUCCUUGACCUUGUAAAAGGAAUGAUGUGCAUGUGGAGAAGCAUGUAUGAGAUCCACCAAGUUCAUACGCACAUAGUUCAGCAGCUCAAGUACCUUAACUUUAUCCCUUCUAAUGAGUCAACAUCUGAGAUUCACAGGCAAUCAACUCUCCAGCUCGAGCUUGAAGUCCAGCAAUGGCAUUUGUCUUUCUGUAACUUAGUCAAGGCUCAACGAGACUAUAUUCAAUCCCUUGCAGGCUGGCUCCGUCUGAGUCUUUUCCAGUUCAGCAAAAACCCUCUUUUAAGAAACAGUCAGGAAUCAAAAAUUUACUCUUUUUGUGAAGAAUGGCAUCUUGCAGUUGACAGGAUUCCAGAUAAGGUAGCAUCUGAAGGAAUCAAGAGUUUCUUGACUGUAAUCCAUGCCAUUGUGGUUCAGCAAGUAGAGGAGUGUAAGCAAAAGAAGAAGGCAGAUUCAGCAAUUAAAGAUUUUGAGAAGAAGGCAGCUGAGCUUAGAUCAUUCGAAAGUAAAUAUGGCUUUUUUUCCAUGCCUGAGAUGAACAAGGACCCUGUUGCAGAAAAGCGAGCAAAGGUGAACAUGUUGAGAGGAAAGGCAGAGGAGGAGAAGAAUAAGCAUGAGAAGUCACUGAGUGUAACGAGGGCAAUGACUUUGAACAACCUUCAGAUGGGGUUUCCCCACGUCUUUCAGGCGAUGGUAGGAUUCUCAAGUGUAUGUACACAAGCAUUUGAAUCUGUUUACAACCAAGCCAAGUGUAUUGAUCAGGAACAUGAUGUGAAUAGAAUUCUCCCUUGAAAAAAGACAACCAUACCGUGCAAAAGUGAUGUUACCAUCAAUGCCUGCUUCUGUAUGUAGAAGUUCACCUGAUUCAGUUGUUGGAUUGGAGUCCAGACUCACAGAGAAGUGCUGCAUGGUUUUAUAUUUGGUACAAAUCCAUC